AUGUCAUUCGUACGCGACGCCCCUGCGCCCUUCAACAAUCCUCGCGCGGAUGUCGUCCUUCGAACCUGCGACGGUGUUGACUAUCGAGUGCGGAGCAGUAUCCUAGCCGAGGCGUCUCCCGUCUUCGGGGAUAUCUUCGACCUCGCUAGUGAGGCUCCCAGUGAGGCUCUCAGUGAGUGGCCGCCUAGGAAGGAUGGGAUCCCCAUUGUAUCGAUCACAGAGACCAGCGAGGUCGCGGAUAUCCUCCUCCGCUUUUGUUAUCCCGUCGCCGCACCCACGUUCACGACAUUCUCGCAAGUCCAGGACGUCUUGACGGCUGUAGACAAGUAUCUGAUGGAGGGCCUUAUUGAGGUGGUCAAGAAACAUCUCACCGACAUCUCGCUCGACGGCGCGCACCCGCUCCGGCUUUACGCCACAGCAUAUGCCCAUCGCUUUGAAGACGUUGCACGGAUUGCUGCCAAGGAGACUAUCGGGAAGCCUCUGCAGACAGUCUACGUUACUGAGCUAGAGAGCUUAUCGGCGGGCGCGUACUACUGGCUUCUGGAGUUCCACAAAACCGGGAAAGCAGACGUGAUUCCUGAGGUACCCUUCCUCUCCGUCGACCCCAGCAGGACUUCGGCGCGUCCGCCGCCAGGACCGCAUAGCAGAACGGCAUGGAUAUCGAAGUAUGCGUCGCCAUAUCCCUUUGGACUGCCAUUCGCGGAUUUCACUCUGCGCACAUGCGAUGGUAUCGCGCUCAGAGUGCACUCCGACCUCCUCCGGGUCGCUUCGCCAUACUUUCGACUCAUGCUUGCCGACACCUCUCAGUCCAUCGAGGGGAUUGAAAAGGAUUCAGAUGGACGUAUCAUCGGCCUUGUGGUACCCGAACACAGCAAUACGAUCGCCACCGUCUUACAGUAUGUCUACCCCGUGGAGCGUCCAGACUCUCUGCCCGACCCUCAGACCGCGUCCCUCUUACUCUAUGCGGCGAAGAAGUACGACGUCGUUCCCGCUCUUGCGCCACUACAGGCAAUGUUCCUCGCAUUUGCCGCAGAACAUUCGCUGGUAAUAUAUGCUAUUGCCUGCGCACGCUAUUGGGUGCAUGAAGCGAGACAUGCCGCGCUGGCGUCGAUGCGGAUGCCAUUGGACGACCUCUGCUACGUCGAUGAGCUGGAAGCGAUACCUGCUUCAUGCUUAUAUCGUCUGACCCAACAUCGCAACACCUUGGGAAACAUGGCAAGAAGGAUGGUACUCAGUCAGGCGCAGGAGUUCCUGAAGCAGCUGACCCAACCGUCUAGUCAAGGAGUAUGCAAAUACUAUGCGUGGGUGUACUGCAUGGAGUGCAGGGCGGACACUGCUGUUACUCUGUGCCGCGCAGGCACGAAGUCGUCUGGGCUACGGAAAUGGUGGUGUGAUUGGUUGCGUCGAAUUGCUGAGCUGCUCCGCGAAGUUCCGUCUGGCCAGACCGUCCUUGACGAGCAAGCCAUCGUGUGUGCAGUCAAGGAUGCGCGUGACUGUCCCAUCUGUCGCGUUGAUGCGGACACCGAGUUGCGGCGUUAUGCUAAGGAGCUAUCGAUCAAGGUGGACGCCAUGUUGGUUCAUGAGAUGUCUCGAAUCACGUUCUUUUAG